AUGAUGAAGAGCAUCCAGUAUGUUCCGAAGACCGGGAAGAGCGAGAGAGAGCUCUUGGAGCAGUUCAGAGGAAGAGACGGAAAGUUCGUCGACCCUGAGUUCCCCGCCAGCUCCCGCUCCCUCUUCGUACAGACCGAGGCACCUGUAGGGCAUGUUCCAGUUGACGAGGUUCAGUGGCUGAGACCCUCUGAGUUCGUCCCCAAGCUCGCACAUGGGCGGCAGCCGCAGCUGUUCGUCGAUGGCGCCAACCCGAGCGAUGUAGUGCAGGGAGCGCUGGGCGACUGCUGGUUCUUGAGCGCCCUGUCCUGUGUCGCCUCCCGCCGAGAUCUGCUAAGGAACUUGUUCGCAUCUACGGAGUAUGGCUCGCAAGGGAUCUAUACCAUCAGGUUCUACAAGAACGGCAGGUGGAAGUACGUCAGCAUCGACGACAGGAUCCCCUGCAGCCCGAGCGGGGAGCCGCUGUACGCGCGCUGCAAGGACGUGUGCGAGAUUUGGGUGAUGCUGAUCGAGAAGGCGUACGCGAAGAUGCAUGGGAGGUGCUACAGGAACCUGGAGACAGGAGCGAUGACGUACGCACUGAAGGACCUCACAGGAGGUGACCCUCACCUGGUCAACCUGAUGGAUCCUCAGACGCGGGACGAGUGCGAGAACGGGUUCCUGUGGCAGAAACUGAAGCUCUGGAUGAAGCAGAAUAGCCUUUGUGGCUGCAGCUACUCCGUCAGCAAGGGGGAGGCCAGGCAUCAGGAGAGCGACGGGGGGAUCCUGAAGGGGCACGCGUACAGCAUCGUCGACCUGAAGGAGUACCGCGACCUCCGUUUCCUCCAGGUCAGGAACCCUUGGGGUAGGAAGGAGUGGACGGGAAGGUGGGCCGACUUCGCCCCGGAGUGGGAGAAGCUGAGGGAGAGGUACCCGGACGCUCCUGACUGGAUGCUCAACUACAUCCCCGAGAACGACGGGACGUUCUGGAUGCUGUUUGAGGACUUCAGCAAGUACUUCAACAUGCUCUUCAUCUGCAUCCGGUUCCCGCCAUCUUGGUCGGAGGAGCUGCUCAGAGGGAGGUGGGAGGCGGCCUUCAACAGCGGCGGCUGCCCAGACAAGCGCAACUUGUGGUGGACCAGCCCGAUCUACAAGCUCACCGUGUCGACUCGCACUCAGUUCUCUAUCUCUAUGUCCCAGUGGGAUGCCAGGUGCUACGGCAACAAGUCGUCGGAGAUACAUCACGAGGCCCAGUGGAAUCGAUACGACAACGCCAUCGGAUUCCUGGUCACGACGGUCGGCGCCAUAGCGCACGCUAUCAAGAGGUCAGAAAACGGACUCGACAGCUCGCUCCGAGCUGGAGACGUCGUGGCCAGGGGAUACCCAUUCAAGAGGGAUCGAGACGUCAGCUUGCAAGUCUUCCCGCUCGUGCUCGACCCUAGCGGGGGCCCUUACGCUGUCAUCGCCAUGACCCACACGCCCAACGUCGACGGCAAGUUCUACCUCACGGUCAGAAGCAACAAGCCCGUCAAGAUCGAGCAGAUCCAUAUGUCAGGGUCUGCCGCCCUGGAGUAUCUCAAGGAGGCUGAGGAAGAGGAGGAGGAGGAGGAGGAGGAGGAGGAGGAUGAACCUGACGAGUUUCUCAAGACUGUCCUGGGCCCGGAGGAAGCUUUCAUCGAGAAGCCGGCAGUCAUCCGACUCCAGCAGCCUGAUAUCCUCGAGCUUUGCAACCGCCACGUCACCUGCGAGCCAGUCAUCUUCAAGGACACGGACAACGAGUACCGGUACUACGACGCUGAGUUCCCAGCUGAGGAGCAGUCGAUCUUCAUGGACCCCUCGAACCCCUCAGCUGCUGUCCAGCUCGCGGCCCUCGAUGACAAGGUACAGAACAUCCGAUGGCUGCGGCCGUUCCAGAUCUCCUACGACAGCCUGGAGGUCAAACUCGGGACCGAGCGGCCCAAACUGUACCCCAAGGACUCGCAGGUGAUCCACCCGCACGUGUGCAUGGGGGCGCUGGCGAACUCUUGGUUUGUGGGGGCCCUUGCGAUGCUGGUCACCCGGCCCGAGCUGGUCCGCAAGCUCUUCGUCGGCUACUCUUCCCCCAGCUGCGAGAACUGCGGGAUCUUCACCGUCCGCUUCUACAAGAACGGGAAGUGGGUGAACGUGACGGUCGACGACAGGCUGCCUGCCACGAUGCAAGGAAACUUCCUGUUCUCCAGGUCCCAGAAGGGCACGGAACUGUGGCUGCCGAUCCUCGAGAAGGCGUACGCGAAGCUUCAUGGCUGCUACGAGCUCCUGUACCAAGGAAGCGUCCAGUACGCGCUCAAGGACCUGACAGGCGGGCUGCCGCAGAAACUUAAGUUCUCCGACCCUGACGUGGAGGCUCGGAUCAAGAACGGGAUGCUGUGGAAGGAGAUCGUGCAGCUGCUCAAGUCAGAGUCGCUGGUCGGCUGCGCCAUCCAGAACAACAGAGGAGCGAGGGAGAGGUACAUGGGGCUGGAACCUCUCCAGUGCUACUCCGUUAUCGACAGCAAGGAGCUGGACCUGGUCGAGAUCGGCGAAAAGAUGCAUGAGCGGGACUCAAUCCUCCGCCUCCUCAAGAUCAGAAACCCCUGGCCCAAGGGCUCGUGGACGGGCCCCUGGUCGCCCAAGAGCGACAGGUGGGUGGAGUACGACCGAGUCGCGUCGCUGUGCGGGCAGGAAGGGAACGGGGAGGAGGGGAGCUUCUGGAUGUGGGAUCAGGACUUCUUCAACCUCUUCGAUACUCUCUCCAUCUGCCGCAUCUUCAAGGACCCCUGGCGCUGCACCAGGAUGAAGGGCAAGUGGUUCAAGCCCACCAAGUCCCCAGCUCCCCACCGAGGGACCGCCAUGGGCCCUCCCACGUCGCGGGAGCCGGCGGCAUGGCUGUCAAACCCUCAGUUCCACCUGUUUGUCAAGGAGAAGACCCCCUGCGUCAUCAUCCUCAGCCAGCGGGACUCUAGAGCACACAGAGACGACCCGAGCUGGGUGCCCAACAGCUACGAGGCCGGCAUCGGGUUUGCCGUCGCUAAGAUGUCGACGGUGGUGGAGAAGGGAGCGAGGAUGAGAAAAAGUGACCUGAUCGCCUUCAGUCACUUCAGGAAGGACCGGGAUGUGUCCCUGCCCUUCACCCUCCAGCUCAGCCCGGCAGACUCUCCCUACGUCGUCUUCCCCAUGACGCACGAGAAGGGGAUGGCGGGCGAGUUCUUUCUCAACGUCUGGCACAAGAAGGAGAUCUUCAUCCGAGGAGGAGAGGUGGUCCUGGUGGACGAGGCUGCUGGCUCCGAACUCGACGAGGACCCUUGGGAGGAGUUUGUUCCUCAGGAGCACGAGGAGUUCGACCCCGAUAUGUUCGGGCAAGUCGGUUCGAGCAGCCAGCGAGCAGGAACUACGUUGAAGGAGGAGGUCAAGCCAACAGUGAGCCAGGCGAUGGCUCGUUCAGAGCGCAAGGAGGGAGGAGGAGAUGUCUUCAAGGCUCUCCUCACGCUCUGCUCGGAGCUGGGCCCGCGGCUGUCGAUGGAGGAGAGGAGGAGCCUUGCCAGCGCCCUGGGUCUCGAUUCAUGAGAGCGGAGGAGGAGGA